CUUAGUGAAAUGAUUAUUCAUGUCAUUAAACAUUUCUCAAAUAUCCAGAAGAAAUAAGGCACCAUAAAAGUUAUCUCGAAUUUAGCCAUGUUCUCUAUCGCAGUUAGUUUAUUUUCUAGGAUGAAAAGCGAUAAUGGUUCAUGAAGAGGCCCUUUUGUUCAGGCCAGGCGGAGUUUCUCAAGAACCAGAUGUCACUUGGCUUUUAAAGGUUAGAUGGAUCACUGCCAUUAUUUCAGUCUUCAAACCUAUAGAGUUUGUUUUCGAACUAACAAGUAAUUUUACAUUACAUUUAGCCUCAUUGGAUUGUCUUUUUGCUGUAAAAUAAGAUAUUUAAUGUGUAGGUCUGGAUAAAAUGAUGUAGGCUAGCGUCAUUAUUUAGGCCAGCUCUAAACUGAGUAGCCUAUGAUCAUGUAAGCCUAAUUGCCAGCUACCUCUUAUUAAAUUAAUACAAUGUGGGAUGUAUAGAUGAAUAGAAGUUCGAUGAAUGGGCUAUAGCCUAUAUCUGGACGUGAAACAUGCAUUUAAAACCUGUUCUCAGCUAUUGCUCAAUUGAAGCCUACAUGUUGUGAAUGUGAUGUCAUUCAAGAUCUGUUUCCUGAGUGUUUUUCAUUUCCCUUUCAUUGUAUUUAGAUUAUCAGUAGGCCCUGUAUCUGUUUUGAAGGUGGAGCAAACGGUAGUCUACAGAUACGAAACGGCAAUCCUGUCAAUGAUUAUCUGAAAGGGAAAAAAACGAAUAGCAUUGUUUACGAGUAACAGAAGUAGGCUAUGUAAGCUUAUUGAGGUGCUUCAAAUGCUAAAUCAAUAAAUUAUAUAGCCUAACCAACCACGUUGUAUCAACAUUGGUUAAGUAAUCGUGUAGAAAUUGUGAGCUUUUGUGCAUUAUUGGUCAACAUUUUGCAUAAAACAUUUCCACAGUAGGCCUAGAUAAUUUCCCAAUUAUACAGCCGAUCAUGAUAAAACUUGCAGCUGAACUUUACAGCUAAACAAGAAUUUCCAUGGCUCAUUCAAAAAUUUCCACACCUUGUAAACUAGGUAAUUGUUCUCUUUACACUUAUCUGUUGUCAUUCAUGCCCCUUCUCAAACUUUUGCAGUUUACCUGUAGGCCUAAACUCUAAAUGUGAAUGAAUGGGUAUUUCAGUUUUAGUGCUGGUUGUAUCUCUGUUACCCUAAUGAUUAUUAUCAUUAACCUCACCAACGUUAUAAUUAUUUGACACAUACUUGUAUAUCAGAUUGAUGGACGUUUGUGACAGAAGUGUUUUCUCAUGCAAAUAGAAUGGGUUUGAUAGACGACUGCAACGCCCAGACAAACUUCUGUAGGUCUCUUCCUAUUGGUGCUCGGUGGGUCACAUGACAUGUCACUAAGGUGAUAUGAGCUUGGUAGGAACUUUUUCAGCUUUGACAUACGGCCCAGAGGUUGUAGGGCACGCGGAACAGCCAUUAACGAGGACAGAUCCAUUGCCAUCAAUUCUGCCUGAACAACCCAAGAAUGAACUCCUACCUUGAUUACACGAUUUACAACCGCGGGACAAACGCCUUCGGUUCCAGGGUUGGAUGCCACCCAAUGGACCAGGGAUGCAUGCCCUCUUUAUCUCCAGGCUCUUGUGCAACCAGUGAUAGUUACAGUACCGAGGGACGGCUCGCCAUAGGUGCGAAUCCUGCCUCGGCGUUACAUCAGCACCAAGGCACGACCUUCUCACAUCACCAGCACACACCGCACCACGUGAACCUGGGUCUUCAAGUGGUUUCGAGUGGGAACCCUACUUACAGCGCACAGGUUUGUCCGAACGUAGACUAUGGACACCAUCAAUACGUUUUGGGUCAGGAGCAGGAACUAAUGUUCUCCACAUCUGAAUUCUCCAUUCCAAACAUGGGAGCAAACGUUGGCUCUUACGCCCAGGGCGCCCCUGGGCCAGUGCCUAGUAGUCAAUAUCAGACAACUCGGUGUGGAGAGCAGGACCCAUCGCAAGGAUAUAACAACAUUUACUCCAAAUAUUCGCCUACCCAAAACAAUGACAGUAACGUGAAUUGUAACUCAGAACAAACUCAGUUCGGGAAAACUUUCGAUUGGAUGAAAGUUAAGAGAAACCCACCAAAAACAGUUAAAGUCACUGACUACGGAAUCCACGGACAACAGAACAUCAUCCGGACCAAUUUUACUACAAAGCAACUGACCGAGCUGGAGAAGGAAUUUCACUUCAACAAGUACCUGACGAGGGCCCGCAGAGUGGAGGUGGCUGCCUCUUUGGAUCUCAACGAAACACAGGUCAAAAUCUGGUUCCAGAAUAGAAGGAUGAAGCAGAAAAAGCGUGAGAAAGAAAGCAGGCCCUCUGUCGCCCUUGUGAAAAGGGGCUCCGCCAGCGACACGGGAAACAACACGGAUAACUCAACCACUUCGUCCCCAAGUGGGUCACCAAGCUCGGACACAUCACUUCUAAGCUGAUUUAUGCAAGUAACGUUAGAGCAUAUGGAUAUUUAUAUUAACUUCAUAGAAGUAAAGCCUUCGGACUUGACUUUUACCUUCGGCCCUAUUGGAGAGGAAGCGGGUUUUAAGUGCACAUUUGUCAGAUGCACUUUAGUGUCUGAAGUUGUGGAAAUGAGGCUCCCAUUGAUGCUAAAUACAGAUUGCACAUUAUGUUUACCAUGUAACAUUGUUGUUUACUUGGUUGUGGACUCUACAUUGUUACACUAUUGCAAUGCUCAGUGAGAAAGUUUGCACUAGGCUACAUGCUGUAUUUGUGUGUGUGUGUGUGUGUGUGUGUGUGUGUGUGUGUGCAUGUACGCAUGCAUGUACAGAUGUGUGUUUGAGAAUGAGAUGGAGAGUCUGUGUAAUCAUACACAUGUUCAAGUGACCAAACUCCAAAUGAAUUUUAUAUAAAAAAGACUUGUAAAUAAAUUGUAUU